GGGGUGGGGGAGGGCGGGACCGCUGUGCUCUGAGGUGCGCUCGGGUCGCAGCCGCUGAGGGCAUGGGGGGUCCCGCGGGGUCCGCGCGCCUUCUCCACGCCUCGCACCCGCUCCUCUGGCUGCUCUGCCUCCUGCCGCCUCUGCUCGGAGCGGCCGGGCCCAGCCAGGCACCCAGAGACCAGCCCGUGUGGAUGCUACUGGAACAAUACUGCCACGCAAUCACGACCCUCACCAACCUCUCAGCCCCUGGCAGCCACGCCGGACGCGCAUUCACACUCCCUCUCGGCGCGCGGCUCUGGGGCGCGAUGGACGCGGCACUGCUCCACAGCCUGCUGGAGAACGACUGCAGCCUGGAGCUGGCAGAAGAGCUGCUCUUGGACGGCUGGGGGCUGCCCCUGGACCCCGAGGGUCCCUACUCCUACUGCAACACGACGUUGGACCAGAUCGGGACGUGCUGGCCCCGGAGCGCGGCCGGAGCUGUGGUGGAGAGGCAGUGCCCCGAGUACUUCAACGGGGUCAAGUACAACACGACCCGGAAUGCCUACCGAGAGUGCUUGGAGAAUGGGACCUGGGCCUCACGGAUCAACUACUCACAGUGUGAGCCCAUUUUGGAUGAUAAGCAGAGGAAGUAUGACCUGCACUACCGCGUCGCACUCAUUGUCAACUACCUGGGCCACUGCGUGUCUGUGGCAGCCCUCGUGGCUGCCUUCCUGCUUUUCCUGGCCCUGCGGAGCAUCCGCUGUCUGCGGAACGUGAUUCACUGGAACCUCAUCACCACAUUUAUCCUGCGAAAUGUCACGUGGUUCCUGCUGCAGCUCAUCGACCAUGAAGUGCAUGAGAGCAAUGAGGUCUGGUGCCGCUGCAUCACCACCAGCUUCAACUACUUCGUGGUGACUAACUUCUUCUGGAUGUUCGUGGAGGGCUGCUACCUGCACACGGCCAUCGUCAUGACCUACUCCACCGAUCGCCUGCGCAAGCGACUCUUCCUCUUCAUUGGAUGGUGUGUCCCCUGCCCCAUCAUCAUCGCCUGGGCCAUUGGCAAACUCUACUAUGAGAAUGAACAGUGCUGGUUUGGCAAGGAGCCCGGCGACCUGGUGGACUACAUCUACCAGGGCCCCAUCAUCCUCGUGCUCUUGGAUCCUAAUGACAAAGUUACGAGCAUCCACCACAUCGGAGACGAUCCAGUACAGGAAGGCGGUGAAGGCCACCCUGGUUCUCUUGCCCCUUCUGGGCAUCACCUACAUGCUCUUCUUCGUCAACCCUGGGGAGGACGAGCUGUCACAGAUCGUGUUCAUCUAUUUCAACUCUUUCCUGCAGUCGUUCCAGGGUUUCUUUGUGUCUGUCUUCUACUGCUUCGUCAAUGGAGAGGUACGCUCGGCUGUGAGAAAGAAGUGGCACCGCUGGCUGGACCAUCACUCCCUCCAAGUCCCCAGGGCCCGGGCUGUGUCCAUCCCCACGUCACCCACGCGGAUCAGCUUCCACAGCAUCAAGCAAACGGCCGCUGUAUGACCCUCAGUACCCUCACCUCGCCCAUCACUCCACCAUCGGGACAGCCUCCCCAUCCUCCUCCAGCACCUUUCUCUGGGUUCUCCUGGCUGCGCAGGCUCUGAUGGGGGCGGAGGGAGGGGGGAGACCAGCUCUCCAGGCCGGCAGGAGGGAGGCUACGCAGCAGCACGAGGGGCUCUCAGGAACCAGGGCCGGCUGGACCCCAAGUCUCAGUGCAAGAGGGAGCUGAGCCGGGAAGUCACGGGAACCCCCGGAGGAGGGUGGGUCACAGGUCUUCAGGCAUUGCCCACACCAGCCUCUCUGGCUGGAUCCUGACUGUCGCCCUGUUCACAGAUGAGGAAACUGAGGCCCAGAGCCAGGGAGGGCCUGCCCAAGUCACACAGCUAGUUCAAGACAGACCUGGGGCUCCUUUGCCCCACUCAUGGCAAAGGUCUUCCCACCAGGGGCGGGGUGAUGGUUGGUCCCACCCCCUGCCUUCUGCCCCUAAGUUCUGUGGCGCCCUCUGCAGUUGGAGGGGAGGCACAGCAGCUGGAGUAAGAGAUUAAUUCCACUGGCUUCGUCCCAGGGACUCUCACUUAGAGAAGCCUCACCUACACCCCAUCCUCCUGCCCCUCGGACCCUUGGAAGGAUGCUGCCUCCUUUCCUGAGAGCCCUCUUCUCAGCCUAGUCCACCGAUUCAGGGCCUUGGGGAGGGGCAGGUGGGGAGGAAGACGUUGCCAGGGCAGCCGUACACGCUUUGACCAACCAACCAGAUACACGGUGUAGGACGAAACCGGAGGAGACGGGUGGGGGACGACAGGCUGGGAGAAGGAGUAGGGUAGAAAUAGCAGAAACCAAAGUACGUCUUUGGUGCCUGGAACUAAUCUCAGCCCACACCGAAGACUGGGCUUCGGCCUCCCCUUCAGAAACAACAUCUCCACUGUCUGUGAAAUAAACUGUGACUCUGUGGAAACGCGGCCUCCCCUCAGGUUUGAAGGCGUGCUGUGGGCCAAGGGCGGUGGGCUGGGUCCAUCAUCAUUUGCAGAGACUCUCGCCCUGGCCUGGGGCCGGUUCUCCCUCUCCACCUGUGCCUGCAGGGCUGUCCCUUAUCGUUUGCCCAGGCCAAUAUCUGCCCCUCCUCCCCAGCUGAAGGCAGUUUAAUUCAGCCUGAAGGAGAGGCCCAGCUCCCCAAGCAGGCCAUGGCCUGUUCGUGUUCUGGAAUCUGGAGGGAAGUGUAAAGCAGCUCCCCUUCCCCCCACUGCAGUCUCCGUGAGCCACAACCAGGGCCAUCUCCAUCUUGGCCUCCAUCUGCCCCUCCCUCCAGGAGAAGGUGCGAGUCAAGGGGCCGGAGGAGCCAUCAGGCUGGGGUUCAAAAGGGCUUUUGCUCUAGGUAUGCCCCCUCCCCCAUUUUUUAAAAAUUAUGUAUCCCAUCUUGCACAUUUUUAAGUUGACAUCUAAUAUUUUUCACAUAAGUUUUAAAACUUUUGAGGGAUGUGAUUGAUUUCUGGCAUUGGUAAAUAUUUACAUUUUAAAAUAAAACUGCCACAACCCUUUAAAGUACAUCUUAGAAAUCCAAACACAGCAGUGAUCUAAUACUCUCAUCUAUUUAAAAACAAAAAAACAAAACCCACAACCUGCUCUUCUUUAACAGUUGGAAAUUUUAGGUUGUUCCUUUUCUCUUUGAACCUAUAUUUUCACUCCAUUCCCCCUACAGAAUUGUUUUUACUAAUGCAGGAUUUUUUACGGUUGCAAGUUUUUUAUCGCUCACCUUAUCAUACUUCUCUGCCACAAAUAUAUAUUUAGAAAUC